ACCAGCAGCGCGUCGAGCUCUCUCGUCAAGUUUCGAGGACUAUCAUGGAUUAAAAGUGUGGAGAGGAAAAAAUAACACACUCACAGGACGUGAGGGCGUGUGUGGAAGGGCUGGGGAGAAAAUGUGUGAACUCCGAGGACAAACGUGAAGGAGGAGGCUGGAAACUGUGGCCAAGUCCUUCAGGCGAGGCCAAGGAGGUUCGAGAUUGGACAAAGGCGGCAUUCUGUUUACCUGUAACUGAAUGUGAGCUUUCGCUGACCUAUGACAGUUAAAAUGGGGUUUCCAUGGAAACUGCUGGUGCUGCAAUCAUUCAUGGGGUGCCUUGCAGAGAGCAGUGUUCCUCUGAAACCUGUUUUCAUCAAGCAGCCGGGUAGCAUUGUGUUCCCUCUGCACCCUAAUGAUCCCAGCCGGGAGGUCACCUUCAGCUGUGAGGCUCAGGGAUAUCCACCUCCAUCCUACAGGUGGAAAAUGAAUGACACCUUCAUUUCUCCGCGCCUUGGCUCGCGCUACGGCGUCUCUGGAGGGAACCUGCGUAUCAGUCAACUCAACAAAGAGGAGGAUGUUGGUAUUUACCAGUGUCUGGCCUCCAACUCUUUUGGGACCAUCCUCAGCAGAGAGGCCAGUCUCCAUAUUGCUUAUUUGGAGGAUUUUAAAACCCAGAGAAGAAGUCCAGUUAGGGUUCGUGAAGGCCAAGGUGUGGUCCUGCUUUGUGGACCUCCACCACACAUGGGAGAGCUGACCUUUUCAUGGAUCUUCAACGAGUACCCCUCAUUUGUGAAGCAAGACACUCGGCGAUUUGUAUCUCAGAAAACAGGGAACCUUUACAUCGCUAAAGUGGAGCCAUCAGAUGUGGGGAAUUACACUUGUGUGGUGACCAACAUGGUGACCAAAUCUAGAGUCCAGGGACCUCCCACUUCGCUAGUUCUACGAAGUGAUGGAAUUAUGGGUGAAUAUGAGCCAAAGAUUGAAGUUCAGUUCCCUGAGGCCUUGUCUGUAGCCAAGGGGUUGACCGUCAAGCUGGAGUGCUUUGCACUGGGAAACCCGGUUCCUGCUAUCAGCUGGAGAAGAGUAGAUGGGGCACCAUUCUCCAGAAAAGUGGAUGUUAGCAGAGCUAGCAGUCUGCUAGAAAUCCCCUACUUCCAGCAGGAGGAUGCUGGCCAGUACGAAUGUGUGGCAGAGAACUCCAGAGGGAAAAACUCUGUCAAAGGAAAGCUUUCUUUCUACGCACCUCCUCAUCUGUUGGAGACGCCGCAGGACACACAGAAGGCCAUCGAUGACUCUCUGCUCUGGGAGUGCAAGGCCAGUGGGAAACCCAAACCCUCCUACAAAUGGCUGAAAAACGGGGAACCACUGGAGACCUUUGAGGACAGAAUCCAGGUGGUUAAUGGGGCGUUGUCCAUCAGCAGUCUUACUCUGCCAGAUACGGGAAUGUACCAGUGUGUUGCAGAGAACCGAUAUGGCAGAGUUUUCGCCAACGCUGAACUGAGAAUCAUCGCUGUGGCUCCAGAUUUCUCAGACAGCAUGCUGAAAGCGCAGACGUUGGCCCGGCAGGGUGGGGAUGUGCUGAUCGAGUGCAGGCCCCGGAUGUCCCCUCGUGGAAUGAUCUCCUGGAGGAAAGGCAAAGAGGCCCUGAGAGAGAGCCACAGAGUUUCUGUUUUGGAUAACGGGAGUCUCCGAAUAUCAAACAUUACCAAACUGGACGCAGGCCUUUAUACAUGUGUGGCCAGGAAUCAGUUUGGAGUGGCAAGCAGUGCUGGGGCUCUAGUUGUAAAAGAACCCACCAUUAUCACCACUAAGGCAGCCCAGCUGGAUGUAACAGUGGGGGAAAGUGUUGUUCUUCCUUGCCAGGUUUCUCGUGAUCCUUCUCUCGAUGUUCGGUUCACCUGGUUCUUUAACGAGCAGUUGAUCAGUUUUGGAAGCCAAGAUGGGUAUUUUGAAAAAGUUGGUGGGAGAUUUGCUGGUGAUAUCAUGAUCCGUAAUAUUCAGUUAAGACAUGCAGGGAGAUACACCUGUGCAGUUCAAACAAACGUGGACAGUGCGUCAAUAGCCACAGAUGUGGUCGUCAGAGGUGCUCCUGGUCCACCACUGGACAUCCAGGUAGACCAUGUUACAGAAUCUACAGCUUUUGUGUCGUGGAGUCCAGGACCUGAUAACCACAGCCCACUCUCUAAGUAUGCAGUCCAGGCCCGAACCCCCUUCUCUCUGGGUUGGCAGGCUGUUCAAACAGUUCCAGAGAUUCUUGGAAGAAACCAGUUGGCUGCUCGUGUGACAGACUUGAGUCCGUGGGUGGAGUAUGAGUUCAGAGUGCUGGCCACCAACGCCAUUGGCACAGGAGAACCCAGCAAGCCUUCCAGAAAAAUCCGCACCAAAGACACACUGCCAAGGAUAACCCCGGCCCGAGUAGGCGGAGGUGGCGGAAGUCGCUCUGAGCUAGUCAUCACUUGGGAGCCGGUCCCAGAAGAGAUGCAGAGUGGUCCAGGCUUUGGUUAUGUUGUAGCGUUUCGUCCCCAUGGCGCUCAGAGCUGGAUGCAGGCGGCCGUUACCUCACCAGACGCCUCUCGAUACAUCUUUAAGAACGAGAGCAUCCCUCCGUUCUCACCAUUCUACGUGAAGGUGGGAGUUUACAACAACAGAGGAGAGGGGCCUUUUGGACCUGUAACGACAAUCUAUUCAGCAGAAGAAGAGCCAAGUCGAGCUCCCACUAGAGUCCGUGCCAAGAGUCUGUCUGCCUCGGAGGUGGAAGUCAACUGGAAGCCCCUGCCGUGGAGCACUAGCAAGAGACGCAUCAUGGGCUAUGAGUUGAGGUACUGGACCAAGACACAGAGGCAGGACACAGCCAGUGUGAUGAGGACAGUGGGGAACAAGACGGUAGCAGUCAUCCGUGGUCUGGACCCGAGAACUGCAUAUCACAUCACCCUCAGGGCGUACAACAGCGCAGGCACUGGGCCGGACAGUGCGGUGGUUAACAUCACCACCAAGAGACCCCCACCGAGCCGAGCUCCAGCGAAAGUCGUGUGGAACGCCACAAACUCUAAGAUCAUUCUGAAAUGGGACCAAGUCAAAGCUCUGGAGAAUGAAUCGGAAGUCAUGGGCUACAAAGUGUUUUACAAGCAGAGCAGACACAAUCGUGAGAGUGUGGUGGAGACUAACAGGACCUCCCUGGAGCUCGCUCUACCUGUGGAUGAGGAUUAUAUCAUCCAGAUCAAAGCAGUCAGCGAGGGAGGAGAAGGGCGCAGCAGCAGACUCAUUACCAUCCCAAGGAUAGCAGUGGCACAUGCGGUGGGAGCAGCAUCAGAGAUUUCAGUCCUCUCUGUACUCGUAACGCAACUACUCUCCUGCACAGCCAGGACUUUAUUAUGACAGACAGUCCAAACCCAGCAAUGGAGAACAUUUAUUAAUGUCCCCUUCGAGUGGAUGUGCAUCUUUUUCACUUUUUCAGCAAGUUUUGCGAACCUUCUAUGGACUUUUAAUAGGAAAACUAUUUUGUCAGCCACAUUUGGAAUACUGAUACCAAAGCUGCUACCAAGACGAUGGAGUUAUUGGGGUUUUUGUUUGUUUUUUUUUUUGUUUGUCUUUUUUUUUUUUAUGUCCUCUGUAGCUUCCUGAUCUCAUCUUGUAUCUAUGGAAGAUAAACAAUGGGAUGUGUCCGGCAUGGCAAAUGAAUGUUCAAUACGCACAUGUGGAUAAUACAGUUUUACUACUUGAGGAUGGCUACAUGAACAAGUCUAUACAAAAGAAUAUGGAUUCUUAUCUGCAAAAAAAAUGAACUUUUUCUGUAUUUUCUGCCGACCACAGGCAGCAUCACGGUACACUAACUUAUCAUACAAAUCCCAUGGAUGUUCGGGAGUUUUGUUACGCAACAGGACAUGACUUUUGCUCCAUAAUGCUUCGGAUACUGACCAGUGGCGUUAUAUACAUAUCCAUUAUCUUUUCUAGACUGUGCUGUCCUGCUAAGAUGAUUCAGUGUUUUGUCCCCGAAAGUGUACAGAGUUUACAGUCCCUCAUUGUGGACAUGUCCCUUGUUUUCUGUUCUAGAAUGACAAAUCUAUAGCUGCUGGCCUUAUCAGUACAGAAGAGCUCCUUAGUUGUCCUGAACCCCUUUGUUCUUUGUUGGUAAAACAUCCAGAGCCACGCUUUGCUAGUGCGUGCCUCAGUAAUGACGUAAUGAAAACAGUAGGCCUAUUUAAGAUAUCCUCAGGACCAAAAAAACAGCCUUAAAAAUAGUCACCGUUCAUUUUGUUUGCUGUUUAUUCUGACAGUGUUUUUGAUGAACUACAUUUUGAUUUAAACAGACCAGCACCAACGUUACAUUGUGUAGCCAGUGGCUGUAGUUGUUCAUUUCCUGUAUCUUGCAUACAACACAUUCUUUUCCAGUCAAUCGCUCUUCAGCAUGAAUUGGCUCUGUAGUGGCUUGGAAAACAGUAUUUGAUCGGUCUGACUGCUUUUAAAUAAACAAAAGAACACAGA